UUUUGAAUGAUAAAUUAUCUUUAAUUUUUUGUUCCUCUUAAUAAACAGAAAGUAAGAUUUCAAGGAAAUUUUCUUCGUUUCCUUUCCAAACAGACAUUCCUUUAAAAAAAAUUAAACACAGGGUUCAAAGAACCUCAAACAGAUUUGAUACGGAAAAUACUGCAAGAGAAGUCUAAGAAAUGGAGAACAAUGGAAAACUUCAACAAAGCAGAGAAAAGCGAAGGAGUUAUUCCUCGUUUUUGGAUGUUCAAGACGAGAGGGAAAAAGAUGUAUUUAGGUUCCUGGUGAAAAAUAGUGGUUGUAUUAGUUUAGAAGAAUUUAAGGAAAAAUAUCCCCCUCUUUCUGAUGAUUUCGAUGAUUGGCUCUUAGAGGAAAAGAAAAUAUUGGCAUUCUAUAAGAUAGGGGACCGGAUAAUCCACAUCAUACCUUUCUUAAGAGAUGCCACUUUUUGUACGGAUCACAUUAAUUACGUGACGAGAUGUGAACUUGAAGAUUGCAAACGUUUUCAUGUUUGCAGGUACCAUCUAAAUAGUUAUUGCAAUUAUGGCGCGAUGUGCAGGAAUGGCCACACGUUUACUGUUGGUAAUAACGAGGAAAUCAAAAACAAACUCGGCCUGAAUGGCUUUAGUGAUGGUGAAAUUCUUACCAUACUGAAAUGUAGGUAUCCUCAAGUAUGCCCAGCAGACCACUGCGAAUCCGAAGUUCCCGACGAAUGUCCAUACUUACAUAUCUGUUAUUUUUUUACUCAAGGUAAAUGCAAAGAUCCGUCAUGUACAAGAGGCCACUCUCUGGAAGAUCCUCACAACAAAUGGGUUUUGUCUGUGUAUGGUAUGGAAGAAUGGCCUAGUCAAAGACCCGAGAUCUUUAAGGCCGCCAUUACUCUGCGAAGAAAACGUGAACCGGCUUCUAGUCAUUUCAGCUCUUCCUCGGAAGGAAAUGGAAGUGAAACCGGAGACAGUCUCCUGGAGGGACUGGUAAAACAAAUGAAAGAAGAAAAACGAAAAGAAGACGAAGAUUAAGUCGCAGUUCAGAACGAAAUAUUUGAAAGAAUGUGAAAGUCAAGCAUAUAAAUUCAAAAUCAAUCUGAACAUCAUGUUUUGCUUAUUUGAAGCAUUUAGCUCCGAU